AUGUCGGUUGAUUUUAACGCUUUGGCUCAACAGUUUUGCAGCUUCUAUUACGAUCAAUUUGACAAGGACAGAUCUCAACUGGGAAAUCUUUAUAGAGAACACUCUAUGCUCACUUUUGAGUCUUCCCAAAUUCAAGGUGCUCGCAACAUCAUUGAAAAACUCACAUCCCUUGGUUUCAACAAGGUGGCUCACAGAAUAUCCACCCUUGAUGCUCAGCCUGCAUCCGAAAAUGGAGACGUUCUUGUUAUGGUUACUGGUGAGCUUCUGAUUGAUGACGAACAAAAUACCCAGAGAUAUUCUCAGGUCUUCCAUCUCAUUCCGGAUGCAGGCUCUUACUACGUCCUGAAUGAUAUCUUUAGACUCAAUUACGCUUAA